UCUCGAAUGGCACCGCGAGAUCUGUUGAAACAUUUAUUUUUGACUAUUACCUCCCUGAGAAGAGGGAAAAGAGAAAGAAAAAGAAAGAGGGAGCAUCGAAUUAAAUGAUUACAAUGAAGGACUUUUUCCCACAGAGAUUGAAAGUUCUGUGGUUCUGCGUGUAACUUCCUUCUCAGAAAUUUAUGAAAAUAAGAAGACGUCUUCCUUGACAGAGGAAGUUCUACGUGGAAUCAAGACACCAGCUAGUACAGGUCGUGCUGCAAUUAGUUCAUUGAAAACUCAGUUGCUUUCCGAGCGGUCGGGUAGAGACUGCUUUCGGCUUUUUUUCUGCCGACUGUUAAGAUCUCCUAUAGAGAGCUGCAACAAUGCCCAAAAGAAAGGCUGCAGGUCAAGGUGAUAUGAAGCAGGAGCCAAAGAGAAGAUCAGCCAGACUGUCUGCUUUGCCUGUGCCCACUACACCAGAGCUGAAGUUCAAAAGAACAUCAACUCCACGGAAAAUGAAGUCAAAAAAUGAUAUGAUAGAAAAAAACACAGAUACAAGUGCUAGAGCAACAGUUGAAACCAAGAAGGAAGUUGUUAAAGAAGAAUACAACGAUGAAACUGCUGAAAAUGGAGAAGCCAAAAUUAUAGAGGAACCAGCUCCAGAAAAAGAGAUAGAGGAAAUAAAAGAAGAAACAGUUGAAGAUAUCAAAGAAGAGAGAGGAGAAAAGAAAGAAGCAGUGGCAGCAGAAGGAAAAGAAGAUGAAAAAGAUGAGAAAGGAGAUGGAGAAGAUCAAAACAAGAAAGAAGAGAAGGGAGAAGAUAGAAAGGAGGACAAAGAUGAAAAAGAAGAUGAAGGUAGAAAAGAGAAGGAAGAUGGAAAAGAGGAAAAAGACAAAAAGGAGACAGGAGAUGAAAAAGAGGAUGAAGACGGAAAAAGGAAAGGAGAUGAAAAAGAGGAAGAGGAUGAAAAAGAGAGAGGAGAUGAAAAAGAAAAUGAAAAUGGAAAGGGGAAAGGAGAAGACGGCAAAAAAACUGAAGAUGGAAAAUAUAAAGGAGAAUAUGAAAAAAAGGGAGAGGAUAGAAAAGAGAAAGAAGAUGAAAAAAAAGAUGGAGAUGGAAAAGAGGAUGAAGAUGGAAAAGAGGAUGAAAGUGAAAAUGAGAAGGAAGAUGAAAAAGAAAAAGAAGAUGGAAAAGAGGAAGAAAAUGAAAAAGAAUAUGGGAGGGAUGGAGGAGAUGGAAAGGAAGAUGAAAACAAGGCUGAAAUUGGAAAAGAAAUAGCUGACAAAGAAGAGGUCAAAAAAGAAGAUGAAAAAAAGGAAGUGUCUCAGGGUAUUGUUUAAAACUGCCCUUUACGUUUUCGUAAUUUGGUAAUAUGUACCCCCAUGUUGUAAUGUUAAUAGAGAUGAAUAUUUUUAUCGAAUAUUUUUAAACACAACUUUUCUUUAGUAUCAGUUUAAUUUCAAAACCUCUUCAUACUGAUUAUUAGUCACAAAGUUUCUAACAUGAAACCUUUACCUAUAGAUUUUUGUGAUUAUAAUAGUGGAAUAUAUAGAAAAACAGGCUUUCAGCUUUGUCAGUGAAUACCCUUUUUUGUAAGUUAUGUAUUAAAUCUUUGAAUUUUGAUUUUACUCCUAUAUGUGAUAAUUUCACAAAGUGGAGAGAUCCCAAAAGAAUUUCCUCCAACAUUCUUUUGUUUCUCUAGGUUGCUUUUAUAAAGAAGGUGGACUAUUUUCAUGCAGUGCCCAGAGUUAGAAUUAUCUUUCCCAAAUAUAACUUUGAUAUUAGCUUGGGGAAAAAAAUUAAUUCAAUUUUUAAAAGAAAUAUAAAUGUUUAUUUCAGCAGGGCAAUUCUGAUUAUAUGUGUAUUCACAAGAUUUUAUUGGAUUUAUCUUAAUAAAAAUUAUCUUCAAAGAUUAUUGUAGUUUGUUAUAUCUCCAAAAAUAUAGUUAAUGAAAUAUUAUAAUGCUUGGUUUUUUUCUAUUGUGAUGUUCACUAAAACAUUAACAAUUUUUUUCACUGAGAUAAACAUAACAAAGUCACUACUUUAGCCAUUUGGAGGUGUACAAUUUAGUGCUUUUUAGUAUAUUCACAGUGUUGCACAACCACUAUCACUAUCCACUAUAUAAUUCCAUAAUAUUUUCAUCACCAAAAUAAGAAACAAAAUACCAAUUAUCAGUCUUUGUCCAUUCCCCCCAGUUGGCCCCACCAUUGGUCCCUAGCAACUGUUAAUUUACAUUCUGUCUUUAUGCGUUUGCCUAUUCUGGACACUUCAUAUAAAUGGAAUGAUGCAACAUGUGUCCU